AUGGGUAAGGGAGGAAAUGCUUGCAAGAGAAAUCAAUGUAGAGAAAGAAAGGUAGCUAAUGGUUCCAAAGAAGGGAAGUCACAGCUUAAAGUAAAUGCCGAAGCUAUGAGCUUGAAGUGCCAGAUUUGUUUACAACCUUUUAUGAAAGUUCAAACUGGCCCAUUACUUAAACAACAUUGGGAAGCUAAACAUCCAAAAAAAACCUUUCAAGAGUGCUUCCCAGGAAUAGAACUUUCAUAA